AUGGAGGAGCUGAUAUCUCCGACAUCUUCUCCAAACCCACAGCCACCACCGCCGCCGCAACUCUUCUCCACCACUUCCUUCCUCCCUCUCUCGCCUCUGCUCACCCUGAAGCACCGCCUCCAGUACCUCCUGCAGACCCUCCCGGAGUGGUGGGCCUACGCCAUAUUCUGGCGGGCUUCCUCUUCCGAUCACCACCCACGCACCACCAUCUACGAUCCCCGCACCAUCCUCUCCUGGGGAGACGGCCACCUCCGCGGCAACGGAGGCGGCAACGGUAGCAGCGGCAACAACUUCCUGCUGAACCCGGAGAGGAAGAAGGUCUCCCUUCUGAGCGACGACAACAACUCCGAUAUCACCACCGAUGGAGUCGUCUCAGACAUCGAGUGGUUCUACCUGGUCUCUCAGGCGCGCUCCUUCGCCAUCGCCGCCGAUCACGCGGUGCCCACCCGCGCUUUCGCCUCUGGCAGCCACGUCUGGCUUUCCGGCGGACACGAGCUGCAGAUGUAUGGCUGCGAGAGGUGCCGGGAGGCGCUGCUCCACGGCGUGGCCACGCUCGUCUGCAUCCCCGCCGGCAACGGCGUGCUGGAGCUUGGAUCGCCAGAGAUGGUGGGGGACAAUUGGGGUCUGGUUCAGCAGGUCAAGGCCCUGCUGAGCGUAGGACUCGAUCUCGAUCUGGGUGGCGGCGGCGGCGGUGGCGGCGGAGGAGGAGGAAUGACGACGGUGGUUCCUUCCGCCUCCGCGACGGUGAUGCCCAAGGCCCUCAAGGAUGGGGUUCCUGUAGGGCUGACGUCAUCUCUGGAAUCAGAGCACUCGGACUCUGAGGGGGGGCUUCUGCUGGAGAGGCGGCGGCCGAAGAAGCGGGGGAGGAAGCCUGGGAGCGGCAAGGAAGUGCCGGUGAACCACGUGGAGGCGGAGAGGCAGCGGAGGGAGAAGCUCAACCUCCGGUUCUAUGCCCUCCGCUCCGUCGUGCCCAACGUGUCGAGGAUGGACAAGGCAUCGCUGUUGGCCGACGCCGUCUCCUACAUCAAGGAGCUCCGCUCCAGAGUGGAGGAGCUGGAGGCGGAGGCCAAGAAACCCAAGAACGAGGCCCUCAAGGUGACCGCCACGGCCAACGGCCCUCGUCCCACCGUUGUCCGCACCGGUAAGGUAGCAGGAGCAGCAGCCGGAGGAGAGGGAGUAGGUGGAGGAGGAGGUGCCGGCGACAAGAUGGAGUUCGACGUGAGGAUGAUGGAGGCAGACGCAGUGAUCAGAGUGAAGUCCGAGAAUCUGAGUCACCCAUCGGCGAGGUUGAUGUCUGCGCUGCGAGAGCUCGACAUGCAAGUGCAACACGCGAGCAUCUCUUGUGUGAAGGAGUUCAUGCUGCAGGAUGUGGUCGCCAGGGCUCCCCCUGGGUUGGAGUCCGAGGACGCCCUCAAGGCCGCCCUUCUUGCACAACUGGAGAGGAGCUAA